UAUCGUCGCGUCAUUCGGCGGUCGCUUAGUACGAUCGGCCUCCGUCGCUUGGUGCGAUCAGUUUUCUUUACUUACUACCAUCUACCUCUGUCGUCUGAAGGUAUCGGCCUUCAUCACACCAUGAGUUCUAUCGACAUGGCCUCGAGCUCGUCCUCGAUCCAGAAGGAAACGGGUCGUGGGAACGACAGGAUAGCCACGUCGCCUCCAACGCCGUCUGGUUCCAACACCCCCCUCGAUCGAUCGGAUGAGUCAAUCCUCGACAGCUCCCGCAGGCCGGUUUCACCCGACAAAGAUAAUGUGCAUCCUCCAGAUGCAUACGUGCCCUUCUAUGGCGUGCCGGCUGGUCGAGACGAAGACCCAUCGGUGCUGGUGGCCGCCUCGCGUGUCCCGCAUCCCCCAAAGCCGUUUCUCACCCUGGAGGCGUUCUCUCGCAAAAGCUCGCAGCAGCUAUCGCUCCCGCCGCUCUACCACAACGCGAGUGUCAAGCGCAAAGCCAAGCUCGGGAAGGCGAUGCACGACCCCAAGACCUGGGCGGGCUCCGACCUCGACGACGGCACCCAGAGCAUCAAGUCGCGAACGUUCUCGAUCUCGGGCAGCCAGAUCUCCGGGCUGACCUCAUUCUCGCCCGGGUGGCUUCCAAAGCCCAAGCUCCCGAGUGGCCUGCAGCAGCAAUCUCAUCGAAACUCGUGGGACUACGAGAGCAACUCGAGCAUGCCGCGCUACCGCCAGCGAGCCGACGGCACGCCUCCAUCGGGUGGGAGAUAUUCGCUGACCCGGGAGUCUUCCCGCCGCGGGCCUUUGCUACUUGGUACCGGCGAGCUCGACCCCGAGCGACAGCGCCCGCCCUUGAUAGACAUCAUACUGCCUCUCGAAAACGAUGGGGAUGAAUUUCCCCUUGGCACUCCCUUGAUCCCCCUGGUUGGAGGCACCAAAGCGCUCUUCAACCGGGCAGCCCAGAGCGGCAGCGCCAGACCCCCGAGCAAUCACGAGGUCAUUCUGAUUCCGCCCAACGCUCUCGCACCUCCAAACUCGACUGAGCCAUCGUGCAGCCGCGGGGAAGACAGGCCUACGGACCAACGCAACGACGAGCGCAUUGCACAGUUUCUGCGCGAGCGGCAGAACUGGCUCGGCAACAGCGACCAAGACUCGCCCUCAUCCUCACGCCUCAACACCAGCUGUCGCCAAAACAAGAUCUGGGGCUACGGCAUCGCCUAUACUGUCUCUGAAAAGGGCACGUCCGAGAUACCGCUCUCAGCAUACGUCCCCGUCGAGUACAUUGUCAGCUCGUGGCAAUUUCCCGGAAGUGGGACCGAGACGCACUCGCGUGUACCAACAGACAAAAGCUCCAGCGUCCUCAAGCUAGCCAAAACCCACAGCGGUCUUCCUGCCGACUCCACCCGUCUCCGCAACUCAAAAGACUCGGUUAUGUCGUUCAUGGGCACCGGAUUGGCCUCUGAGUUUCUGUCGGUGCCGGUGCCCCAGUCUCGGCUGGGCCCGCAUCAGCAGAGUACACAAGAGCCCUCACGCAGCGAAGAGUCCGAGCCAUCGAUGGUCGACGCAUCGCAAAUCUGGAACAUCCAACGCCGGGUGAUCCAGCGACAGAAGCUCUACAACGAAGGCACGUCCUUCAAUAGCACCAAGCGCCGCGCGUCCUCCGUCAUGGACUUUAUCCUUCCGUUAUCUCCAACAAGCUUCUGGGACUCGAUUCUUCAUCCGAUCAAGGCAAGUGGAUGCUGCUGA